CUGGAAGCUGGGCUAGGCUGCGAAUGGAAGGCCGCGGGGGCCAGUAAUGCACAUCAUUACGUGGUGGUAUAGCGAGUUGCUGAGUUUGGAGAUAUCCAAUGGGGUAGGUAGUAUCGUGUGAGGAACUUUGGAUCGCGGGGCGGACGACCAAGGCACAAACGCCGCUAAGCGAGGGCAUGAAUCCACCGUAUUGUUGGUGGGUUUGAACAACCGGCAAUAAUGUCGUCCCCCACAAUGGCUUCACUUAUCAAACUCGGGCGGUCUAAUAUCAUCGAUCGCAGCUAUAAAAGACAACAGCCCGGGCCUGCUAUUUCGACAGCUUCUUCUCUUCAGCCAGCCCUCCCAACUUCAGUCUAAUUAUUUCUUAUACCCUCACAUUAUCCCUGACAGCCAUGAAGGUGGCUGCUAUUUUUCUCUCGGCCUUUGUGGCUGCCGCACUUGGCAUGCCCGCCGACUACGUUCAGCACGAGAACAUUGGCAACGCUCCUCACUUGAUUAAGCGUGCCGGUGCUGCUCUCGAUAAUGUCGUCCCGGUUCGCAUUGCCCUGAAGCAGAACAACUUGGACAAGGGCAUGGACCUCCUAAUGGACGUUUCCGACCCCGACUCUGCCAACUAUGGCAAGCACUGGACUGCCGAGCAAGUUGCUGAGAAGUUUGCUCCGGCCGAGGGCUCCGCCGACGCCGUCACCAAGUGGCUUGUCGAGGCUGGUGUUCCCGCCGCCUCCAUCAAGAUCCCCAAGUCCAAGGGCUGGGUCGAGUUCCAGAGUACCGUUGGCAAGCUCGAGAACCUUUUGCACACAAAGUACAACGUGUUUGAGAGCCGUGACACCGCCAAGCAGUUCCUCGGUACUGAGAAGUACAACUUACCUGCUGCUGUGGCUGACCACGUUGACUUCGUCUCCCCUGGUGUUGCCAUGUACAAGAUGAGAAAGGUGGAGGGUAACCCCAUCCGCAAGAACCGUCCUUCAAAGCCUUUGUCGGCUGAUACCAUUGCCAAGCUCCAGUCGCAGGGCCAAUCCUCUGACUGUGGCACUAUUAUAACACCUGCUUGCAUCAAGGACAUGUACAAGAUUGCCGAUGCGCCAACUACCGCCAACCCCAACAACAAGUUGGGUAUGUUUGAGGACAGCGACGAAAUGUACAGACAGUCGGACUUGGACAUCUUCUACAAGAACUACGCUCCCAACAUCCCCAAGGGUUUCGGGCCCAAGGUUGACCUGCUGAACUUUGGCAGCUCCAAGCCCAACCCCAACUCGGCUGUAGGCGAGGCUGCGCUUGACUUUGACAUGGUUUUCCCCAUCAUCUACCCCCAGGGCUCUGAGCUCUACCAGAGCAAGUCGCAGUCCCAGGAUCUGUUCGACCACUUCCUUGACGCCAUUGACGGCUCUUUCUGCGACGGCGAUGACACCAGCAUCGACGGCAGCUCCAGUGGCCGUGCCUGCGGUACCUUCAAGCCCUCCAACGUCUUCUCCUUCUCCUACGGUGUUGAGGAGGGUACCUGGCCCCUCAAGUACACUCAGCGCCAGUGCAAUGAGUUCAUGAAGCUCGGUCUUCAGGGAAGCACUAUCGUUUUUGCCUCUGGCGACGGUGGUGUUGCUGGUGGUCACGGUGGCCGCUGCUCCGGCGAUGGCUCCGUCUUCACCGGCAUCGUCCACGGAGGCUGCCCCUACGUGACCUCUGUCGGUGCUACUGAGCUUCCUUCUGGUAGCAACGCCGGUGACCCUGAGCACGUCGCCUUCACCCAGUUCUCCCCUGGUGGUGGUUUCUCCAACUACUAUGUCCGUCCCGACUACCAGAACGACGCCGUCUCUAGCUUCUUGGCCAACCAUGCACCUUCGUUCCAGGGCUACAACAACACCGACGGCACCAUCCCCGCCGACGGCAGCAACGGUGUCUACAACAUGGCAGGCCGUGGCUUCCCCGACAUUUCGGCUAUUGGCAACAACGGCGCCUAUGUUUUCAACGGUCAGCCCGGCACCAACGGCGGUACUUCCAUGUCUGCCCCCGUUGUCGCCGCCAUGUUCAACCUCAUCAACGAGAACCGCCUGGCUGCUGGUAAGAAGACUAUUGGCUUUGCCAACCCUGCCCUCUACAAGAACACUGCCAUGUUCACCGACGUCACCAUCGGCGGUAUGGCCAAGGACGACUCCGCUGCCUGCAACGGAAACAGCUUCGAUGCUACUCCUGGCUGGGAUCCCGCCUCUGGUCUUGGUUCUCCCAAGUACCCCGAGAUGAGCAAGUACUUUAUGAGUCUCUAAGUGCUUGGCGUUUGGCUAUAUAAUGAACGCGGUCGAACCCACAAACAAAAACAAAAGGAAAAGAAAGAAACUCGUCAUGCACAGCAAACAAGUAAAUGAUUAUGAGAAGAAAUGAGGGGCAAGGUCUCUGGCACUAGGCACGUGCCAAAAACAGAGACGGUGUUUAAUAUGCCACCACGAUACAUAUGCUGUACAUAGUAUAAUGAAAAUCCACGUAUUUAGUCAAAUUUCCCAUUUGGUAUCUUAAACGGCCCAGAUCAAGUCAGUGUCGAUCCCCCUGAUGGCCUGAUUCCUCGGCAUGGGCCUAGUUUUCCCACAAACAUCUUUAGCCGUGCGCCAUAUCUAUCUCUGCCAAGAUGACGUAGCAGGCACAGCAUCACGGCACUGAUAUAUCCGCGUGUAUUCAGCCAAUAUUAUCUUGUAACAUCUUUGCUUCUUUUUUCUUCAAUAUCUAUACCAAAACUCAUUAAACCCGUGCUCCUGUAAUUACACGUAUCGGAAGAUUUCCAAGACACGACGCGCUCUGCAAACAGCACGACUGGAAUGCGGUAAGCCUGAUGCCUCUGAAACCCGACCAUCAGCAUCGCCGGGCCUGCUCGCCUGUUUCUAUUUCUGUCUCACAAAGGGAAAAGAAAAAGGCGAGACCCUUUUUUUUUUUCCCUUUCUGUUCCCGUCACGGUGUGCGGACCGCAGCCAGCCGGGCCGGGCACUUAGUUACUUAGUCACGACAUCGUCAUGCCCUCACGCAAAAAAGAAAAAAGACCCUGCGCCUCUUUCCUUUGCCGGCUA